CAAUCCAUACGCGGGGAUGCGACACGUGCAGCUUUCGCGGCAAAAAAGAUUUGGCGCGUAAACUCCAGCUCCUUGUUCCGAACAGCUGGAAAAAUGACAAUAGCGGAACAACUAGCGAGCUGGCUAACUAGCUAGCCAGCCAACUUGCAGUGGCAUUUUUGAUCGGACAUACGGCUCAGAUGAAGAACAGCCUUCUGGAGAUUUCUGGAGAAAAAUUUGGGAUCUGUAAACACAGCUAGCUAGCUAUCUGUGUCUUUGGGCAUACAAAUGCAACUGAGGGGAGCACUAGUCUUUUAUGCAGGAGUCAAAGCCAUAGGAAAUAUUAGAACUGUCUCGGCUAACGUUAGCUUUGUUCUUAAUUUGGAAAAGUAGCUGAGUACGCGACAAGGACGCUUGCUACGUAUUGAUGCUGCUGGUUAAUUUGAUUAGCAAACUAAAGUUAGCUGCCAGAAAGAAGAGAAGAACGAGAAAAGCCAUGCAAAAGCAAAAUAAAACUGAAAGGGAUUGUGGCCGGAUAGUUAGCUAGGCCUUUCCCGUGGGUGGGCGGAAGCAACCGGAGCAAGAUAGCUAGCUAACAGUUUCUGACAGCAUAGUUUGCAAGUAGACUAGCCAAAUCUGGUCAAUUUCCGUAGCCAACUGCUAGCGGUACAUGGCCAGGUAAACUUAGGAAAGACAGCAUAUUUCUUAAUCAGGCAACUGUUGUUAAUCAUGUUUUCUUAGCAGGCAGUUUGGUUAGCUAAAUCUGUCGAUGACAAGGUGAACAAUAGUAACUAACUGCAGCUGCCUAGGUCAUUACUGACUUUGAAUAUAGCAGACAGAUAGAUAACGUUAUACACUACCUAGCUAGUGUAGAAAACAAAACUGGAUUAGCUGUAUUUCCUUUUACCGUGACAAGAGCAAGCUAUCGGAACGGCCAACAUGCUCAGAAUCACAAACGUGAAGGAGGGAGGUAGUUAUCAAAUGAGGCGUUGGAUUUUAGCAUCACGGUAUUAACGACGGCUGAAGUCUGACCAAUUUUUGUGCAAUGUCAGAUACACUGAUAAGUGGCCAGACCUCGGAGGAUCUUUUGGUCGACUUUGAAUCCCUUCUGAGCUCUGGAAGCAUAGAUCUCAACCAAGAUCACCAAAUCGUAAUUAUCUCCACUCCGGGUAAUGUGGACAUUGUCUCCGCCGCCCAUGGCAGCAACGGGGAAAUCCUGUUGUUCGCCACGCCGCAAGGCCCUGAACCCGUGGAAGAGCAGCAGAAACCGACUUUGGGGCGUCCACCGGUCAAAAGGAAGCUGAACUUGGACAGUGACCACCAGUACGUAAGCAGCUCUUGCCCAGGCCCUGGAGGAGAAACUGGUGGAGAGCCGUCAGUCUCACCAGCACAACCGAGAGUUCUGAAGGCUGUGGAGAAGUCGCGCUAUGACACAUCACUGAACCUCACCACCAAGCGCUUCCUGGACCUCCUGGGAAGGUCUCCUGAUGGGGUGGUGGACCUGAACUGGGCCUCCCAGGUCCUGAAGGUGCAGAAGCGCCGUAUUUAUGACAUCACCAAUGUCCUGGAGGGCAUCCAGCUCGUCUCGAAGAAGUCCAAGAACCACAUCCAAUGGCUGGGCAGCGGUGUGGGCGGAGUUUCUGUGGUGCGCUACCAGAGUCUGCAGAAGGAGGUGCAGGACCUGGAGCAGGCUGAGAGGGAGCUGGACGACCUCAUCGCCAAGUGCAACCUGCAGCUACGGCUCCUCACAGAGGACACCCAGAACAAGAAGCUUUCUUACGUGAUGUGCGAGGACCUGCAGAGCACAGUGGACCCGCCCGACCAGCUCGUCAUGGUGAUCCGGGCCCCUCCGCAGACCCAGAUGCAGGUGCUGGACCCCUCCGAGGGUUACAAGAUCUCUCUGAAAAGCACCCAGGGGCCGAUUGAGGUCUUCCUCUGCCCAGAGGACAGCACUGGGACCUGCAGCCCUCUCACCGUCGACAGCCUGUCUAAAGCCGACAGCCAGACGUCACCCCCACGGUCUCCUCCGAGCGCCCUGGAGCAAGGUCAGUGCAGCCCAGACCCAGAAGUGACAUCAGCGCUGCCUCCGGACAGUGAAGCCGAGACGCUCUUCGAAAGAGACGCGUUCCCUAACCUGGAAGCCAUGCCCCCCUUCGAUUUUUCGCUGCUGGCAUCUUCGGAUUACCUGACGUCCGAGGACCUCUGCUCGCUCCCCAUGGACAGCUUCAUCAGCCUCUCCCCCCCUCACGAGCACGACUACCACUUCGGGCUGGAGGAGGGCGAGGGCAUCAGUGAGCUCUUUGACUGUGAAUUUGGAGACCUGGCUCCCCUUGACCUUUAAAUUUUUUAAUAUUUCCUUUCAAGUCAGUGCUGCGCAGAUUCGCCGAUCGCUAAAUCAUAUGGAUGGGUCAUAUCUCACCAAGCCUUCUACUGUAUGUUAGUCUAUCCGCGUUCUGUCAAGAUCGGUGAAUGUGUGCCGUAUCUGUGCAGUAUUUGUCAGACAUUAAGGCCAGAAUGUGGCUGUUUGCUCUCAGGAGGAACCAUUUCAGCAGCUGUAAUGCAUGGAAGCGUGGAAGUACCCAUGAUGAGAAAGUUGGUAUUAGCUGCUGUUAAGGAAUAUUGCAAUAUCUGUGUAACCUUGCAGUGGUUUUAGCAGUAUUGUAUAUCACUCCCCUCCCUCGCCACAGCCCACUUC